AUGGAAGCUCAUCGGUCUAUUGGAGGAAGAUUGCAGAGAAAACCCCUCGGAGAUUGCACCAACAUCGUCUCUAGAGCUCCCCAACAGUCAUCUUCUUCGUCCGCUUCUCUCGUCAAAUUCGCCAAUCCGAGUCUCACUUCGUCUCUUAAGAGGUUAGUUGAUCAAACUUCGUUCAAGGAGAAAGCCGCAGAUGUCAACAAUUCGAAACCUGGUGCCGGAAUCGAUUCCCGGUCUGUUGCCUCGAGCGUUAGACCCGUAACUCGCCGUACAUCCGCCGAUCUGGAUUUUCCGGCCUCUACGACAUCUCGUCCACCGAAACCCAAAGAUGCUAAUCAAUCGGAGGUUGGUGCUGGUAGCGCUUCCCGGUCUGUUGCCACGAGAGUUAGACCCGUUACUCGCCGCAUGUCCGCCGAUCUGGAUUUUCCGGCCCCUACGCCUUCUCGUCCCCCGAAACCCAAAGAUGUUAGUCAAUCAGAGGCUGGUGACGGAAGCGCUUCCCGGUCUCUUUCCACUAGCGUUAAACCCGUAACUCGCCGUAUGUCUACCGAUCUGGGUUUUCCGGCCUCUGCGCCUUCUCGUCCCCAGAACUCGCGCUCCGAUCAUGGCGUUAGUGACAAGGAGGUUGCUGAGCCUUUCUCGGUUUACACGGUAAGAAGGAAGGCUUCUGGAAAGAAAAGGAAUAGAGACGAAUCUCCAUCUGGUGCAGUGUCUCGCCUUCGUCUGGACUUAAUCUCAAGCUCAGGGAAGAAAACACCUCAAGCAAAUGGAGACAAACCGAAGUCUUCAAAAGCGGCUCCCAAAAAGAGGCAGCGAAGGGUAAAGCAUGAGGAAGAUAAGCUGGCGCAUGGAGUUUCUCCGGAUUAUAUAAAGCAGCAGAGAGAUUAUUUUGCAGAGGUCGAUGCAUUUGAGCUGCUAGAAGAAGAGGUAUCUAGUAGCGACUUAGACUAA